AUACAGAAGAAUGUUACGACAUUCUGUCGCAUAAGUGGAGGGAGAGAAACAAGAUCACCAUUUUUUAUUGGUUGGUCCAGCGAAUUUGUGAUUCGACGACCAUAGUAACCUAACCUCGAAUAAGUAUUCGUCCAUGUCCAUAACCUCUUAAUUAACAUGGCUGGAGCGGUUUCGCGGAUAUUUACGAGCAAAGUGCUCGAAACCAGUCACCUAGUUAGAUCUCUUGGAUCUUACUCUUCACAGAUCGCUAAGCUGUCAACACAAACAAAAACGAAACCACCGAUUUCUGAAGCAUCAGAGCUACAGACGUCGCUAAUAGAUCCUCUGAAACAUCCGGAUUUCUUUGGUGUGCACACGCUCUUCACUGUGAAAGAUCUCUUUGAUGCAAAAGUUCAUCUGGGUCACAAAGAAGGUUCGCUGAAUGACCACAUGCGGCCGUAUCUUUUUGGUUCACGUCAAGGGCAUUUGAUAAUCGAUUUGGAUCAAACAGCAGAGUUGUUAAGAGAUGCUCUUAACAUAGCAGCCCACAUUGCAUUUAGGGAUGGAAUAAUACUUUUUCUAACGAGACAUCCUCAGGCUGUACAUUUAGUGGAAAAGACUGCAGCGGAAUGUGGAGAAUUUUCUCAUGCCCGUAGAUGGCGAGAUGGAACAUUCACGAAUUCAAAAAAAGAAUUUCGAGCGGUAACACGACUCCCAGAUCUUUGCAUUUUUAUAACUUCCCUCGACACAGUUUUGGAACCUCACAAUGCGAUUAGAGAUGCAGCUAAAAUGUGUAUUCCUACAAUCGGCGUUGUUGAUACCAACUGUGAUCCCUGCCUUAUCACUUAUCCAGUCCCUGGCAACGACGACACACCUUCUGCCAUUGAACUCUACUGUAAAUUAUUCAAAACCGCAAUUCAACGAGGGAAAGCUGCACGUGCUAAACUAAUGAAUCACGUUGAGUAAAAAUAAGUUUUCUACUAUUACCAGUCAAUCGUUUCAUCUUGUGUACAAAAACGUAAUAAAAAAAAUCAAGUGAAAAAAUAAGUAGAGACGGAGCUCUAUAUAAGGCACA